AUUUUAUUGGUACGAAUUCUCAAGCCCGAUCGUGUCAAUUUUAAACUUUUAAAACCCAUUUCCAGGAGUUAAUAUACUUCUUGACGUAUUUUCCUAAAUUAAAAUCAAUUACACGAAGCAGAUUCCUGGCAGACUUGACACAACAACCAUGAAGGCUACUCUGGCAGUUUUGGGACUCGCUCUGUUCGCUGUCCUGGCGGAAUGCAGGGGGCAAUAUAAACAAAAACCAGUUUCACGAGGCAAAAACCUCCCAGACAAGCCUAACAUUGGUUCCGCCGAUGAGAAAGAGGACAAUGGAGGAGAGGAUGCAGUGUCGUGGCCAAAAGGCUGGAUGGAAUUCGCUGCCCUGUACGCGAAGUGCGAAAGUGCUGCAAUCAUGAUUGAGGAGUUCGGGAAUGAAACCGCAAAAAUCCUCGAGACAGUCGGACUUAAACUCGAAGACUCAGUAUUGAACGAUGCCUGUCCUCGUAUUCUGUUUGCUGGUGCAGUGAUAAUGGCAGCCGAUAAGGAGGCAAGGAAGGCCGCGGUACCAUACCUAGAGUUGGGCUUUCCUGUUAUUCAGUGUGCCAACCUGAUUGCCGAAACGGAAUCCCUUGUUCUACUCACCCUUCUGUCCGGCAAGAAUCCAGAGGAAAACAACUUUCUGAAAGAGGCGAAGGUUCUGUUCGACGUCUGUUACGAGCUGUUCAAGGGGAUGGACGGUCUUGAGGAGAAACUGAAGGAGGAGGAGAAGGAGGCAGUUGACGCCGUCAAGGAGGCAAAUGCGGCCAAGAGGAGCAUGAGGCAGCUCCUCGCGCACUUCAGGAAAUAGACUGGAAACCGGACCGCGCUACCUGUACUAUACCCAUGGAGACACGAAAAGUGAAACUGUGAAAAAGAACGUUUCGACGAUAUACACCAUCUUGAAUUAAAAGCUUUUAUGCACGCCUUUUUUUAAUUAAAAAAAAUAAAAUUGCAUUUUCA